CGAAUCACGACACUUCCGUCGGCUAUCCCCGAGAACGGCACCGGGUAUCUUUUAGCUGUCUGAGUCUCAUCAUACACAUUAGUUCACGCAUACCAGCUAGGACCUCCAGCUUCCAGCCUAGCCAUUGGUUCAGAGCUGCCCGUACGCCCCCUUCAAAGGCACAACCGCCCAACUACGGACAUUUUCUCACCGGCAUGCCCACGCACGCCGUGGUUCGCGAGUCCAACGCGGGAAUCACCCCGGCAGACGCCCCCAGGGUGGCUGUCUUUACGGGUGGGACAGCCGGCAUUGGCAAGGCCACGCUCCAGAAGCUUGUCGCGGUCGGCACCGAGAUCAAGGUAUACGUGAUUGGACGCAAUGGCCCAACGCACGCAGGGUUCCUCGACGAGCUGCGGGCGUCAAAUUCAAAGGCAGAGAUUGUAUGGCUGGAGGGGCAGGUAUCGCUGCUGAGUGAGACAAGGAGGCUCUGCGACGAGAUCAAGUCGAAAGAGAAGAGCCUCGACCUGCUCUUCAUGAGCGCGGGCUAUGUUCCGCUAGGCGGGCGAAAAGACACAUCCGAGGGCUACGACACCACCAUGGCCAUGUCAUUCUGGACUCGUGCCCUCUUGGCCAACCAGCUACUCCCGCUCCUUCGCGCCGGGGCCUCAUCCACGUCUUCCAACAGCACCACCAAUAACAACCCUCGAGUCAUCAGCAUCUACGCCGCGGGGAUGGAGAAGGCCAACAUCCCUCUUGACGACCUGGACCUCAAAUCCAAGUCCAAUUUUGGCAUCAUGAACUGGGCGGCCACCUGUGCGAGCCUAAAUACCGUGUAUCUGGAUCACCUUGCAUCAGACCCGCAGAACGCCGGCGUCGUCUUCAUCCACAAUCACCCUGGCGUCGUGGAGACGGACAUCAUCCUCAAGGGAUGGAACGAGGGGAGUUGGGGCCCCACGCUGAUCCGCUGGGUCCGGCCGGUCAUGUCCUUCUUCCAGCGCUUCUCCAGGGAGCCGCCGAUCUCUCCAGAGGAGUCGGGAGAGAAGUCGUUGUUCCUGAUCACCAGUGCGAUGUACGGCGGGAAGGGAGUGGCUGUGCCAAAUAAGGACGGCGUUGAGGAGAAGGCGGGCGGGGAAAAGGGGAAGACGCUGGCGGGAGGGGACAACGGGUCUGUGUUUGUCGUGUUGCCUCGGGGGAACUGUGAGCAGCCAAAGGAGGUGCUGGAGAAGUUGUACGUCAAUGGGGGAAAGGAAAAGUUGGUUGCAGAGACUGAAAAGGUGCUGAAGCCGUACGUCUAA